CUAUUUUCAAUACAUACUUUGAGACUUUGUUCUCCAUAAUAAUUUCUAAAAAUCUAAAACAAUAUUUUUGUUUUAUUGUAAAAGAAAGAAAAUAAAGAAAUUGAAAGCAAAACAGUUUUGUUAAAAAUAAAAAUAGUAAACCUACUAUGGCUAGGUUUCGCAUGUAAACAAUAUGGCCGCCGACAGUACAACUGCGUUAUAGCUGCAAUAAACAAUAACAACACAUUGAUAGUUCUAUAUCCUUAUUGAAAUGGAUAUAACUAUCCGAAAGCUUCUUAUCGGCGCCAGCAAAUAUGGGGUUGGAGAGGAAAAUCCAGCCCUUCAACAUGCGUAUAAAUUACUUCGAAAUGUGGCAGAAACUCGACCAGCUGUUGACUCCCCUGAUUCCUUUGGACAAGACCUGUAUGUCAUAUGUGCAGAGACGGCAUUGCAGUAUGGAUUCAUUGAUAUAGCAAAGCAGUGCUUGCAGAUGUUUCAUAUGAAAGAACCAGCUGAAAAUCAGUUUCUCUGUAGAGGUUAUCUUUGUCAGGCACAGUUGUUAGCCCCAUCUGAUGCCAAUAACUCUGAGCAACUUGACAAGGCUGUUGUAUAUAUAAUUAAAGCUAUCCAGUUUGCUAAAAAUAACCCAAGAUACCACUUUUUAGUCUACAAUGCCUCAGUAGUCUAUUGGCAGUUCUGUAGGCCAUUUUUAAAGUUUGGUUAUCGACAGUACCUUGUCCGAAGUCUACACCAAGUGGUAAAAGCAUUGGAUGACAUAGAUGACAAAGACUAUGAAUGGAGAGCACAGCUUAUGAUUGCAUUGAUUGAAUGUCACCUGGACGCACAUAGACAAAGUGAUGCGUCUCAAAUAGCAGCUGCUGCCUCCACGUUUAUCAAGGCACAUGUGCCAGACUUGUACAAGACAGUAUUUGGUCUUAUGGUUCGAUAUCAGCUUGCUGAUUCUGCAAAAAUCCAGAAAGAUUUAAAGUUGUCCCCGCAACUCUCUGUGUUUUUCAGGAUUUGUAAGUUGAAGAACUUUCUAAAUCCACCAGAUGACCAGAUAUUUAUUGAAGAUUUUUCAUCUUUGCCAGUAUCAGAGCAUAAUUUGCCUGUUACUGAGAAUACCCCUAAUCCUGUGGUUCAGGACAUUACCAUCGAGACUAAUGAAGGGUUAGAUUUUGCUACAGAAAUACAAAAUAUUUUGACCCUAAUUGGCGUGCCAUUUAAGCCAAGUGUAACAAAUUUAAUUGAAGAUGGACAGAGGAAGUUUCGAACGAGCUCACCAAGUUUUAGCAGUAAGGAUGAAGUGGACUUUGAUAAAAGAGAAAUUUCUAGCAAGAGUCCCUCAGCUACAAAGAGUCGCAAAGGAUUUAGAAAAUCUUCACCAUCAAUUUCAGAUAACUUACAGAAAAAAGGAAGCUUUCUUCCAGUUGUGGAGUCUGAGUGGUGUAAUUUGCUGAUGGAGAUGUCUCAUCUGUGUCUGGAACAAAACUUUCCUGACCUGGCUGCCGAAUGUCUGCUCAAAAUGAAAAAUUUCUCUCCCAUGGAUGCAGGCUUCCAACUGGCUCAUGAAUUUUUAGAGUGCCAGCUGAUGGUUAAAUCUCUGGGUGACAAACAUGAAGCUUUAUUAGAAUCCGUUGUGGAAACACGAAUACAAGCAAUAAAAAAGUGUGAAGAUGUACUUAUGAAUGCCAUUCGUCUUGGAGAUCCUAAUGUGAUACAGGCGGGAUGUGCGACCCAGUGGAACCUAUGUCUGCCUCUGCUCCAGCCCAACCUGAGAGACAAGGUCAGGAGACCUUUGACUAUGGUGGCUAGAGCACUGGAAAACAUUGACAGCCUGCUAAUUCAGCUGCGAUGUCAAGUUCACACAGAAUUGGCCAAGUGUGAAGAGGACUAUGAACAAAUCGAAGCAGCCACUGAACACUUGAAGAAGGCUCUGUUAUUGGAUGAUGCAGGUGUUUAUCAAGAGAAGUUGGAAAUCUCCCUCAAGCGGCUGACACUGAGGUCACAGCUCUAUAAGCCACCUGAGAGUCCAGAAGAUCAGGCUCUAAUGAUUAUUGAACAGGCAAAGUCAGCAGAUUCUGGCACUAUAAGGAUGAAACGCUCAUUGCUAGUGAAGGCUGGGGAAGCUCUAGCACCAGACUCAUUCCUGAAUGUGCUGGAUAGUGAAAAUGAGGCAAAAGCUAAAGAGGCAAUGGAAGAAGAGCUGAGCACCUUGAAAACUGGACUCAACCAGAUUGGUUUACUUGCUGGCAAAGCCAAACAGUACUAUACUUACAUCAACAAAACUGAGGGGCACUUGAAGAGAGUAGGAGACAAAAAUGAAAAGGAAAGAGCCAGACUUUGGGGAGAUUUAGCCAAACUGGCACGCAAACAGGAAGUAUGGGAUGUGUGCAGAGUGGCAUGUAAAUAUUGCCUGUUAUAUGAUGAUCCUAAAUGGCAAAUUGUGCAGCCACCUGCUACAACUAAAAGAAUGGAAAGCCCCAGUGUAUAUAAAAGUGAAAGCAGCAAAGGGGAAGAACCAGAUCCGGAGAAAAGGCUUCGAUCAUUCAGUCGCUCAGCUACACCACAGUAUUUCCCAAAUAACGUCAAAGAUCAAAUUCGAUUGAUGGCAGAAGUUUCUUUUAUACAUGGAGAGGCAUUGGUGCAGCUCCUGAGGUCAUUCAACCUUGAGUUAAAUGACUCUCCAGUUUAUCCGGAGGAUACCAGUAAAAGACCUAAAGGAUACAUUCCAAAGAAACCAGAGGAGGACCCUGAUUGGCUAGAAUACUGUGGUUGGAUGAAAGAUAUGAACAAUCUGGCAACCAAAAGCUUCCUCAGAGGCUUGAGCCUUGGAGUUGUGCUGAACGAAUCCUGGCUAGUCUGUAGUGGUGCUGCCUAUAUCUGGAACUAUAAUACACACAUCUUAAAACAAGGACGGCAUGAAGAAAUCAUCCCUGAUUUACUCGCUGUGCUGGAUGCUUUAAAAAAGGUUAAAGAAAAAUGUGAUACAGAACUGAUAGUGAACAUCUGUGCUGCUAUAAGCACUGGCCUCAUCAAACCCUGGUUGCCAAAGACCUCUAAAGACCUAGAGAAACCUGAACUCAAGCUUGAACCACCAGAUGGCCAGAACACUAAAGGAAAGCCAGGCAAAACGUCUGCCAUCCCACAGUCCUCAAAAGCUCAAAAACCACUCACUACUGUCAAUCCAGAGUCAAUGCCAGACUUAAAAAAAGCCAUUGAAAUCUGUGAUUUUGCCAUUGGACUGACCAAUGGAGCUGACCCCAAAACUGUAGUCCCUAUGUAUACCAGAAUGCCAGUUCUGCAGCUAUGGGUGAAAGCUAAGCAGCUAGCACAGCAGCAGAUCCCUAAGCCUGUCACCACAGAGGACGAGAACAAAAAAGAAAACCAGGCUCUCAUGUCCAGGGUGGUCACAGCCCUAGAGAUGCUGUCCCUGAACAGGAAUGGAUUGAUGGAGUUUAAAGAUGUUCCAAGCAUUGAAGAUGUCAUGCAUAUGAUGACUGCCAUCAAAUGGAGUGAGAAGUUUGUAGAGCUCCAGCUCUGGACUCGCCUCAACUACCUAGCCUUUGAAGCUGGAAAUCUGAAUCAGGUCGCAGCUUGCACUAAGAGGGCCAAAAAGUGUGCUGGCCGUAUCAAAAAGUCAGACAAGCACCAACAAAUAGUGGAGCAAGAAAUGCUGUGUUACUGUAAUCUUGUUCUGGGGCAAUGUCUGAUGGAGAAUAUGAAGGGAAAGAACUCUGUGAGAAGGGAGGCAAUCACAGAAUUUGUCAGGAGUGCCAGAUAUGCGCAGCAAGCAGGUAACCACACUCUUGUGAUGACAGCUGCCAGACAUUUUUGGAAUGCAUGCUUGCCCCUGAUUGGUCAACCAAUUGAAAGACAGCUUUUGAAGGAGCCACUGAAAACUAUUCUAGAGGCUAUUGCUGCUACAAGUGAUAAGAAAAUUAAAAUGGAGAGCUCAACAGAGGAAGAUAAAGAUGAAAACCAAGAGGCUGAUAACAAAAAUGAGACCAUCGGAGACAGUAAAGACACGCCUGCACCAGAGAAGAAAGAACCAGGGGAGGGAACUGGGAAGAAGAGGGGAUCCAAGGAAACUGAGAAAGUACAAAAGGAGGUGGAGGAAAAAAAAUCUGAACCAGAGAAGCCUGUCGAUGAUCUCUCUUUGCGAGCGGCCAUGUAUGGUGUGCUGUUCCAGUCCUUUGCUGAUAAAGGUGAAUGGGUUCAGGCUAUAGAAGCAAUAGACCAGGCAGUUGCUUGCAUGCCUCGCACCAAACACAGAUUGUUGUUAUUUAAACACAGAGUCAUGGUUAAGGCUAAGCUGGGCCAAAAUGUCACAAUGGAUAUGCAGAAAUUCAAGGAUGAGCCAGAGGAAUUUGUCUCCAGUAUGUGGAGAAAGAUAGCCUUAAAUUCUAAGAAAACUUCAGAGCAGCUUUCUGCCUACCAAAAGGCUAUUGAAGUGUUGAAGUUUGAAUCAAGUGAGUACCAAAAGAUUGAGCUUCUCCUUGAGUUCAGCCAAUGGCUCUACUGCAACCACUUUUCUAUUAAUGAUGCUGAAGAGAUAUUGGAAUGGGCAGUAGAUAUUUUACUGAACAUGAAAGCACCAGAGGAUCCUAAAGAAAAGGAAGAGAUAACAAUAAUAGCCCCAGAAGUACCAGUUAUCAGGAAACGUACACUUUCUGAAAGUCGAGCCAGUAUGUCUAGGGAUAGGAGCCCUUCUGCUAGCAAGGGGUUGCUGCGCAAGGAAUCUCUCAAGAGGCAAAACAGUAUUUCAGCCUCCAAGCUGAAGAAAGAUUCUAUAAGUCCAUUUACUUCAUCCUCUAAAGCUCAGACCCCCAAUAAAGAGCUGCCAACAAAAUCAGCCAUUACUUUUGUGCCAGUGGUUAAAAAAUCAUCUGAAAUCGGCGUGUUACCUUCUUACAAUGAACUUACACUUAAAGACUUGGGUUUGGUCAGACAACUGGAAGCCCUGAUGAGAGCUCAUGUGUUGCAUGCAGAAAUGCUUGGCCCAUCUUCUGAAAACUACAAUGAUGUUUUGCUUAUGGCACACGGCUUCUUGAUGAGAUUAUGGGAGGUUGUUAUUCGUCUUUGUGGGCCAAGUAUAAAAGAAAUUAUUAAGAAUAGCGCAGCCAAGCAAAAAGACGAUCCUAAAUCGGCAAAUAAGAAAGAAAAAGAAACUAAGCCUAAACCAGAGAAGGAAAAACCCAAACGAAAGAGGAAGAUACCAUUGGAUGAGCUCCCCUCUGAUAUGGAAUCCUGGUCCACAUACGACUGGCCAGAGGAGGGACUGGAGGUUUUCAAGUUGGAUUCUCUCAAAUCUGUGUCCAUUAGUGAACAAACUAUACCAAAACCUGCCUUGACCUUCCACUACACAGAGAGCCUGAUAAACCAGCUGAGAGAGGUUGGUUACAACCACCUGGCCUUACCUGUCCUGGCCUUCCAGGACCUUCUCACCAGGACACUCAUACCUAAAGCUGCUCUCAACAAACUGGUUCAUCUUAGGUCACUGGAAAUUUGUCAGGAGUUAGAUCUGAAAGCUGGUGUCAGUUUCAACCUGAAACUUGUGGGAAAUCUUCACAUCAGUGAGGAGGAUCAGGCUUUGUCCAGGAACCAGAUCAGCCAAUGGCAAGAUGUCCAAAAACAGGUGGCUAAAGAAGAGCAGAAGAUAAAAGAGGCCCUGGAAAAAAGAUACUCAAAAAUUCCAAAGUCAAAACCCAUCACUCCAGAUAUUGUUGCUCAGGGAGAUGGAUCAGCUGAGUCACACUUGGGAAAAGUUCUUGGAGACGUUUCAUUACAGGACAUAUGGAAAGAUACAGCAGACAUACUCAUCAGACAGGGCUUCUACCAGAGAGCCAGAGAAUAUUUGAAUGAAGCAAACAUCGCAGCAGAGGCCUAUUCAGACAAAAAUCUUCAAGCCAAAAUUUUGCUUCUCUUGGCCAAGUUGUCAUUCUAUGAAGCUCAGUAUGGACAAACAGUUGUGCUGUGUACAAAAGCUCAGGAGCUAAAGUUUGGAGAGGAGAGCUUUUGGUAUGAAGUGACCAAACUUCUGGCUAAAGCAACACUCAUGGACAAGGCCAAUCCUAACUCAGCCAGUAAAACUAAAAAAAUCCUAGCACAUGCAAUCAAAGAAUUCAAGAAAUAUUCAUCAGUCAACCCUAGCAGAGAGAAGAUUAUUAGGCUUUAUUGUGCCAAACUAGAGCUAAGAUUGCUUGGAAUUUACAUAAACAAUUUACUGUCAAAACUUGAAUCUGACAGCAGCUCUCACGUUUUGGAGUUAAUUCUUGCUGGCUGUGAGCAUUACGAAGCCAUAGCAGAUCUUGUAAGUGAGUUAGGUCAUUUUCGCUAUGCGGCCAAUAUUAACCUAAAACGGGCGCAACUCUUGAAGCAUUUAGCUCUCCACUCUUCAGACACAGAGCUGUGUAAGAUCUACUUCACUCAGGCCUAUAAUGUGCUGCAUCAGUCUGCUAAGUUAAUUGAGAAUGUGUUUGUGAAUGUUCAUACACUGUACCCUGUUUCUGAGAUAAAAAAUGUGAACACACCAAUACAAAGAGAGCUAGCAAAUGUGAACAUGGAGAUAGCCGAUGUCUUGACAGAGAUUCUUCUGCUCAAUGAAAAUGAGGUGCGCGUCAGGCAGAUGGAGAACGCCAAGAAAAUGUCCAUAACCCUUCUAAUAGAGGACUACAUCAGGCAAACACCUGUGUUUGAAGAAAGUCAAGCAGAAUGGAAUAAUCUCUGCAAAACUGGUGGUGAUGAAGCAUUAUCUCUGCUACAGAGUGCACAGAGUCUGAGCAGCUCAAUACCCAGACUAAAAGCCAGGUGUCAGGUAGCAAUAGGUAAACUUCUGUAUGUGGUGGGACAACAACAUGCACCUGAUCCACCUGCUACAUGGAUUGUUCAUGAUAUUGAGAUCAUGAGGAUGCAGUUGGCUGUGGAAGAGGCUGAAGUAGCUGCAGCUAUUGCAGAUGAUGGUGAAGAUGAAGAUGAACAUAGCUCCAGUUCACAAUCUAAUGUGCUGAAGACUAAUUCAAAUAUUGAGAUUGAUGAGAAAACACAGCAACGAGCAAACAAAUGCCAAGAAGACAUCAUUAAGAAAAAGGAACAACAUGAGUCAAGUAAAUAUUUCUUAAUGUGUGCAAGUGAGUUCUUGGCUCACGGCUUAGCCUUAAGUUUACAGCAUCAGUUUCUGGACCUUGCUUCAAUAGCUUCAUAUGAAAUGGUUCAGAUGUGUGGUCAGUAUGACCCACCCACUGGGUCAAUGAUGCUUGCUCUACAUCAGAGCUGUGAGGUGUCUAUGGUGCUAGAGAGUUUGUUAUUUGAGUCCCAGCCUGACCCGUCCACCUCUAAGCUGGCAGCCCUGAUCCACCAGAAGAAACAUUUGCUGAAAAAUGACCUGAGGACCAACAUGAGCACCAGCUCCAUCUUGACAGAACUCAAGAACACUUUGAAAACUGACUGGCAGGCAGGUAAAAAGCUGGAGGUCAGCCCCAACUACACGGAUCUACUCAAGGACUUUCCUGGCAACUACAACUUCAUUGUUCUACAACACUCUCCUGACAAGAAGUUUUUGUAUGGUUCAGUCCUAGAUAAACCAAAAGGUCCAGUUCUGGCUACUGGUAAAUCUAAAGAUAAAUCAAACGUAAGCAGGGCAAGGUUGUUUGGCAGCUCUACUCAGUACUCAGCCCUCCAAGAUAUUCUAGCACAGCUGAACGUUUACAGACAGCAGCAACAGAGUCUGCUUCUAAAGAAAGAAUAUCAGCGCUCACAAGUUGCUCUCAGAGAAAAGAUGUUGGAGAAUGUUGAGGAAGACCAAAAAAUAUCUUUGAAGGCUCCACUGGAUUACAAGGAAGAGGAAAAAAAUCUGGACAACAUGUUCCAAGAGAUUAUCAAGGCCAUGAACCAGUACUUGAAAAAAGUUCUUGAACCUGUCUGCAACUCUUUGAGGUCACCCAAUGUGCUAUCUACCAACAACUUUAACCCCUUAGACCCUCCAGCAAAAGAUAAAAGCUCAGUGAAAGAUCCCUCUGCCCAGAAUGAAUGUAUUGUUCUACUUGUUGACCCUGAUUUGAUGCAGCUCCCUCUGGAGGCUUGCAGUUACCUCCAACUUGUGGAGAAUGUCUCCUCCAUAUCUAGAGACUUCUCCAUACAGGUUUUAAGAAAACGUAAUCAGGAAGAAAAGAAUGAUGAUCUUAAGGAUGGCAAGAAGAAAGCAGCUAAAGAAAGUAGCACUGCUGUUUCACGUAUUGUAGGACUGAAGGAUGUCAAGCAGAAACAAGCGAAAAUUGUGCCACUAAAUCGUCAAGUUCAGCCAUGGCAAGCUGAAGUCAACACAAACUUCUUCAGAUAUAUUGUUGAUCCUUUCUUAGAUUGUUCUGAGUUAGAGAGCAAUAAGCCGGUAGAAGUUUUUAACACACUCAUGCAGACAUACGAGCAGCAGUUCACAUCCAGGUGGCUUGGCAUUCCAGGCACAGACCAUACACCAAGUGUUGGAGAGUGGGAGAUCUAUAUGUGUGACAGCUCUGCCUUCAUUUUCUAUGGUCUACAGAGAUUCCUUUCUUACCUCCCUCCAAAUAAACUUCCUGCACUAAACAUCCCCGAUUGUGGCAUACUUUUCACAUUUGACCUGGCCGAGACCGCAAAAAGUUUCCAGCGUCAGAGUAAAUUAGAUAUCCUCAAAACUCCAGUGUCCUUAAGCCUAGAAGCCCCAGUUGAGCUGGCCAUGCUAGCCACUCUAGCAGGCGUCAAGUGCAUCAUUGGCAACCAGUGGCACACCACACUAGAAGACAACUCUGGCAAGAUUGAGAAAACAAUGGAAUAUUUGCUCAAAAGGGGCUAUACAUCUGGCCAAGCACUUUUCUACCUCCAGAAUCCGGAGAUCAGAGAAGCAAUGGACAGGGAAGAAAAGUUGUUGUCAGAGAUCCCAGCUAAGCCAGCAGAUGAAAAAGUGAGAAGAAAAUCCAUUGUCUCAAAUCUGUCAACAGAUGAUAAACCAAGAAGAAAAUCCAAUGCCUCGAAUCAAUCAGAUGAUAAUCCAAGAGGAAAAUCCAUUGCUUUAAACCUACUAUCAGAAACUCCUGCUCAAGACAAAAGAAAACAAUCUGUUGGUAGCUCAAAAGAAAGUAGGGGAAAUUCUGCAGAAGUCAAAAACCAAAAAACGACACAGAAGACAGCAUUUAACACAGUGUGUUAUGGCAUGCCAAACUUGUUGAUCACACAGUAGAAGGAUUUAUAUUUUUCUUAAACAGUUUAAAUUUUCUUUUAUAAUGCUGAUCUGUAAAUAAGAUGAAAGUUGAACUAUGUUAGUGCUGUUAACAGUUGAGCCAUUUCGUAACCUAUUUUUCUAUUAUUUCACAAAAUAUAAAAAUAUUCAUGUUAGUGAUAACUAUGCUUUUUGUGUGCUUGAUGCUAAAUAUUUCAUUUUCAAAUAUGAAUAAACUCAGAUACAUAACUCUUAUAUUUUGAAUUGAAUUAAUUAUUUUUUACAAAUGUUAUUUUUUAAAAUUAUAAUUUAAAAAUACUAUUAAUACUGUAUUUUAGAAAAAAAAUUGUUUGAAUAGUUCUUGGUUACUUUUCAGUUGAUUUUUCAUUUCAUUUGUAGUACUUAAAUUAAUUUAUGUUGAAUAAAAAACAGUAAUUUUGCUUCAGAUAUGAAAUAAAACAAACAUAAGAUAAUUGUAGUAAUAACAUUUUAAUUUUGAAAUAUAAUUUUCAUUAAACAAAAUCCUUAAAAUUGAGUUAUACAAUUGUGAUAAAAAAAAAUAGUAUUUUGUUGAGAUAUACAACUGUGAUUAAACAACAGUAUUUUGUUACAAUAUUUAAGAGUUCAACGCAGAUAGAAAUACACUUUCCCACUACAACAGUAUUAACUGUGUCUUAUAUAUGUAAUGACUAUGGUAUAUAUUUGAAUGCUACUUAUUAUUAUAAUUGUUUUCUCCUAUUUAUUUAAUAAAAAUGUAUCUAGAAUUAAAAAUUUGUGUUAUUUUUUAAGUACAUAAUAAUUAAAUCCAAUCUAAUUUAAGUAACUCUCUAGACCAAGACAAAAAACUACACUACAA